AUGGCGCCCGUCUUUGAUUCGGUCUCGGAGCCCAUACCUAUCUCCUUGAUAUCAGGCCGCUACAUGUUAUUCGAUGUCAAUGUCGUGACUUACCUUCGCAGGACUCACCAUAUCUGCGGUACUCUCAUGGGGACGCUGCCACAGAGCCCACAGCAGAACCUGUUCUUCGGCAUGCCUAUGGAGUUGAUGCCCGAGGAAGCCAAGCUGCUCGUUGAGAAAGGGGUCGCAUACAUCCUUGACGAUAAACAGUGGCACAAAACUAGGCUCUUGAACACGCUGCAGGGUGCGGACAAACAGGCAUACCUCAAGUCCCUCCGAACAAUUGUCGUCCAGGCGCGCAAGGUCUGCCUGGAGGAGUCGCAGAGGAAAACAAAAUAUGCGCUGGCAAUGAAAGCUGCGAGAGAGAUUCCAGAGAAUGCUAAUGAUUUGUUGGGCACCUCCCGCGAGUCCCACGCUUCUGAUCCCGAUCCUUCGCUCAGUUAUCCACCGAGCACUGCAGACUCCGCCGAUGUGUCCCUCUUCGAGCCCAAGUCCAACGCUUCUAGCAGGGUUAAUAACAGACUCGUGUCUACAGGUCCAGUGGCAGCCACCCUAACCAUAAGCUACCAUCCUUCCUCACUGCCCCAGAACCCUGGCUCGUCACCCGACCCAUCAGUCUCGUCUUCUUACGCAUUAUUUGCACACUUGCAUGCCCGCGGCUACUACCUGAUGCCCGGGCUGCGCUUCGGGUGUAAUUACAAUGUGUACCCUGGUGACCCCCUGCGUUUCCACAGUCAUUUCCUUGCUACGAGCUAUGAUUUUGAUCAAGACAUUCCUCUGUUUGAUAUCAUCGGUGGAGGGAGACUAGGCACGGCUGUCAAGAAGGGCUUCUUGAUUGGCGGGGUAGACCCGGGUAUGAAGGAGAGCAAAAGUGGUGAGAAUGUGAGGACUUUCUGCAUAGAGUGGGCCGGUAUGUGA